AGCGCUGUGGAUGGAGAGUGUUGUGGCUGCAAAGUUUAUCUCACUUACAUGUAUCAGUGAAAUAACAGUUCAUGUGUAUUAAACACAUGUCAGCUAACGUCGUGGUUAGCAUACAGCGCUGUCACUAAAAGGGGAGGAGGAGUGAAAUCUGUGUGUCCUGAAAAUGACUUUCUCACCUCUGUGUGAUAGGCCAUGAUCGGCUUGUCAAGUUAUGCAGGGGUUAUGGAAAGUCUAAUCAAUUCUGCUGAAGAGCAGCAGCCCUCCUCUCCCCUGGACAAGUCAUGGUCCAAUAAACAGGAAUCAAGCAAGAAUCAAAAGCCAGGUGUCGGUGGAUUUGUUUUGGUGCAUGCUGGAGCAGGAUACCAUUCUGAAUCAAAGGCCAAGGAGUACAAGCAUGUGUGCAAAAGAGCCUGCCAGCGAGCUGUUGACCGGCUCAAAGCUGGGGCUCUUGCAGUGGAAGCAGUGGCUGCAGCACUGGUUGAACUUGAGGACUCUCCUUUUACAAACGCUGGCAUGGGCUCCAACCUUAACUUGUCAGGGCAAAUUGAAUGUGAUGCAAGUAUCAUGGAUGGGAAGUCGCUGCAUUAUGGAGCUGUAGGCGCCAUUAGUGGUAUUAAGAACCCAGUUUUAGUUGCAAAUCGUCUACUGAAUGAAGCACAGAAAGGGAAACUCUCAGCUGGCAGAAUACCUCCCUGCUUUUUAGUGGGGCGAGGAGCGCAUGAUUGGGCCGUCAGCCAUGGUAUACCACCAUGCCCUUCAGAGAAAAUGGCUACCAAGUUCAGUUUAUCUGCGUACAAGAGAAACAAGAGAAAGAUGGAGCUGGCGGAGAAAAUGGACACAGGACAUAAUCAAACAAAGAAAAGACGACAAUCAAGUGAAAAUGAAAAUGGUUCAGGGUGCCUCGACACAGUGGGAGCCGUUGUGGUUGACCUGGAAGGGAAUGUAGCUGCAGCAGUGUCCAGUGGAGGCCUGGCCAUGAAACAUCCUGGCAGGGUUGGCCAGGCUGCUCAUUAUGGAUGUGGCUGCUGGGCUGAAAAUGCCUGUAAUAUGAACACUUACUCUACAGCAGUGAGUACCUCAGGCUGUGGAGAGCAUCUGAUUCGCACCAUGCUGGCACAGGAAUGCUCUGCUGCCAUGCAGUCUGAAGAUGCCCACCAAGCACUGCUGGAGGCUAUGCAAAACAAGUUCAUCAGCUCACCCUUUCUGGCCAGCGAAGACCGUGUUUUGGGUGGAGUAAUUGUCUUGCGGUGCUGCAGAUGUGUGGAAGCUCAGCCUUCUCAAAAUAUUCAGGGUAUACUGGUGGAGUUCCUAUGGAGUCACACCACAGAGAGCAUGUGUGUUGGCUACAUGUCUGCCCAAGAUAGCAAAGCAAAGACACACAUAUCCAGACUACCACCUGGGACCGUUCCUGGCCAGUCCCUGGCCAUCGAGGGAGGUGUGUGUCGACUGAUGAGCGUAGCGGAGUGAGCCGCAUUUACCUUCCUCCUGGGCCUCCUUAGCAAUACUCCAAUACAAACCCUUCCACACACACAAACACACACACAAAAACAGACACAAAAACAGACACAGACACACACACACACACACACACACACACACACACACACACACACACACACACACACACACACACACACACACACACACACACACACACACACACACACAUACCUUUGUGAUGCUAGAAGUAAUAAGCUUUAGCUGUUUUAACAGGUUUCCAGGAAGGAGGGAGGGGUGUUAGCUUCUAGUUAGUGCACUUACAGGACUUCCUGUUGCCACUGUCUGCCUACAGCAUGUACUCUAUGCCAAUCUACACCCCCCUCAGCUCUCCAGUGUCACCUGGAUUAGACUUGAUGCACCAUUGCCUUGAUUCACCAUUAUUUUUCUUUGUUACUCUUUUCCAAGUAAAAAGUGACGUCCUUCCUUUUGUAUAUAAGCUAUGAUUUAGGUAAACAGGGUGGAUGUUCAUGUUAUUUUGUAUUGCUGAACAGAUGUGACUAUUUUCAAACUUUUAGGAAUUUAAAAUGCAAGACCUUAUUUUCUUGUUAAAAAAGUACUUUUCAAGUAUAAAGGAUGUCGGUAUGCACCUUGUGGAAUGCCUGCUACUCAAGAUAACUGUUGUUGUGAACGGAGCAUUUACAGCUGAGAGUUUGAACAGUGACGAUAAAAGCAAUUUAUAAUAAUAAACACGUACAGACCAACUUCCAUGUACUCACACAUAUUGUUAUUAAUCCUCCAGCAUACUGUAUAAUGUAGCAUUUAUGUGCAUCUUAGAUCAUGAUGAGUUUUAUAACCAUUACAGCCAUAGAAUUUGCUUUGCUAUAAUUGUUUUAAAAUGUGAACACACAGCUAUUGCAUGUACAAAAAAACACCUCCAGUAAGCCACUUUCUGUUCUAUAGCAGGCGUAGAGUUGAUCAAGAAGCAGUUUGCAGAGUGAUGCUGAUACUAUAGCGCUCAGGUAGCAGUAAUUGAUUCCACCUCCAAACAUGACUGUUAGUCAUCAUUUAAAAACACAAUUUAUAUUUGUAGAGUUACAUUGACAGACAUGUAUUUUCUUGUUUAAAGAGAAAAAAGGACCGCUAAAAACGAAUUUAUGCAUUUUUAAGCCCAUGAAAUGGUGUUGUUGAGAAUUGUACUUGAAAAGAGUAAAGGUCUAACUAAAUUGAUACUUCUGUCGGGAUGAUCAGUUUCUCUGAUUUUGCUGUUAAACUCAAUUACUAAUAAGAAUUCCAACAAAACCAUGAUAGAGCUUGUCUUAUCUUUACUUGAAAAUGCAAUGAAUAUAAAAGGGUAUAAGCUAUGGAAAUGAUUGCACAGCUCUCUACAGUGCUUGAAAAGUAAAUAAAAUCUAUGUUGCUACA